GUGAGAGAGAGAGAGAGAGAGAAGACAGGAGAGAGGGAAGAGAAGCAGCGAGGAACAAAGUUCACCCCUGGGAUCCAACUGAGGAAUACACAGGGAGAAACAGAGGGAAAGAGGAACAGAGGGAGAGAGAGGGGGAAACUGUAGAAGAUAGAGAGAGAGAGAGAGAGUAAGCAGUCAGAGAUGCAGCAGGAGAAUUUGUGACAGGGACCCUAACAUUAGGGCUAGCAGUAGAUUUACAAUCUGGGAGACCUGAGCUGCAGAAAUAUCCAGAAAGGGGCAACAGAAGCAGCAGGAGACUAUUUAAGACAGAGAGGUAAGUGUAAGCUUCUCAGUUUGCCACAGCUGCCAGUCACAACACCAGCCAGCAGGGAAGACAGCGCACAAGGGAAUACAUCCGAAUUACCCUCAAACGCAGACAGGUGGACAGCCAGACAUGCUACCUGUGAUCCUGCUCCUCUGCGUGGCUGGAGAUGCAUGGGGGUCGGCCUCUGGGAUCUGGGGCUAUGGACGGGGCCAGGACAGACAGGAGCCCAGGUCGCCGCUCUGCCCGUCUCCGUGCCAGUGCGAGGAAGACGGCAUCUUUGUCAUGGUGGACUGCUCGGAGUUAGGACUAUCGUCUGUGCCCGCUAACCUCAGCCCGCUCACCACGUACCUGGAUCUGAGCAUGAACAACAUAAGCGAGAUCCAGCCCAGGGCUUUCCACAGACUGCACCUGCUAUCAGAAUUGCGAAUCUCAGGGAAUCAGCUGAGGUAUAUGUCAGGCCACGCUCUCCAGGGUCUCCACAACCUCAAAGUUCUGAUGCUCCAAAAUAACCAGCUAGAGAGACUUCCUGAUGAUGCUCCAUGGGACUUACCCAGCCUCCUGUCACUGCGUCUCGACGCUAACCUGCUGUCUGAGGUCCCGGCUGGGGCCUUUCGUGGCGUUCGGUCCCUCAGACACCUGUGGCUGGAUGACAACUCCCUAACAGAGAUUCCAGUGACGGCCCUGGACUCUCUGCCCUCGCUCCAGGCCAUGACUCUGGCCCUCAACCAGAUCACGCACAUCCCAGAUCACGCCUUCACCAACCUCUCCGCCCUCGUCGUCCUUCAUCUCCAUAACAACCAGAUCCAGAGCAUGGGUGAGAGAAGCUUUGAGGGUCUACAUAGUCUGGAGACACUGGAUUUAAACUAUAAUGAUCUGCAGGAGUUCCCUGUGGCCAUCAGGACACUGACUAAGCUUCAGGAACUAGGCUUCCAUAACAACAAUAUCAAAGCCAUCCCUGAGAGAGCCUUUGUGGGAAACCCUCAACUGCAGACCAUUCAUUUCUAUGAGAACCCCAUCCAGUUUGUGGGAAAAUCUGCUUUCCAGUUCUUACCUAAGCUGCACACACUUUCCCUCAACGGAGCAACCCAGAUCCGAGAGUUUCCCGAUCUGAAAGGAACCACCAGCCUGGAAAUAUUGACGUUAACCAGGGCUGGUCUCUCAGCUCUCCCUCAGGAUCUGUGUGAGCAGCUGCCUCACCUCAGAGUGCUGGAGCUGUCUUACAACCAAAUCGAGGAUCUGCCCAGCUUUUACCACUGCUCUGCACUACAGGAAAUAGGACUACAGCAUAACCAAAUCAAAAGGAUAGAGUCAAGCACGUUCCAGCAGCUCACCUCUCUACGAGCUCUUGAUCUGAGCUGGAACAUCAUUGAGUGGAUUCACCCAGAUGCCUUUGUCUCUCUGCACUCGCUGAUCAAACUUGACCUAACUGAGAACCGCCUUAACUCAGUACCAGUUGGAGGUUUGGGAAGUCUUACCCACCUCAAGCUGAGGGGCAACAUGGAGCUGUAUGAAGCCUUUAGUCCUGAUCACUUCCCACGUAUGAGGGUGAUAGAGAUGCCUUAUGCCUACCAGUGUUGUGUUUAUGGCUCUUGUGAUAGCUACAAGUCAGCCAGCCAGUGGGACACAGAACAGGGCAAUGCUGAUGAAGACCUACACAAGAGGACAGUAGCCAUGUAUCCUAUCCAUGCCGACACACACUAUGACCCUGACCUAGAAGAGUUCCAGCUAGAAAUAGAGGAGUCUAAACUACAGACCAGCGUCCAAUGCACACCGAUUCCAGGGCCUUUCCGCCCCUGUGACUCCCUGCUGGGCAGCUGGCUGGUUCGUGUGGGCUUGUGGUCCAUCUCCCUGGUGUCCCUGCUGGGGAACUCCCUCCUGCUCCUCUCACUCUUCGGCUCAGCUGGCUAUCUCUCCCCACUGCGCUUCACGGUGGCCUGCAUGGGUGCCUCCAAUCUGUUGACAGGUGUGUGCACGUGCACCUUGGCCCUCGUGGAUGCACUAACCCUGGGAGAGUUUGGCCACCAUGGUGCUCGCUGGGAAGGGGGUCCUGGCUGUCAGGCAACUGGAUGGGUGUGGGUGUUUGCAUCCGAGGCGAGCGUGCUGCUGUUGACUCUGGCAGCUGUGCAGUGCGGCGUGAGCGUGACAUGCGCCCGUGCCUAUGGGAAAUCGCCAUCUCUUGGGAGCGUGCGCACGUGCGCUCUCUUCUGCCUAGCUCUCUCCCUCACCCUGGCUUCGCUCCCACUGGUAGGAGUCGGGGAAUACGGGUCGUCCCCAUUCUGCCUGCCCUCCCCCCUGCCUCCCCCUUCAUCUCGGCCGCCCUCCUCCCUGGCAUUCCCUUUGGCUCUCAUCAUGAUGAACACCCUGUGUCUGCUGAUAGUCACAGGUUCUUACAUUCGUCUGUACUGGGAGUUACUGAGGGGAGAGUGUGAGGGCCUGUGGGACUGCGCCAUGAUCAAGCACGUGGCCUGGCUUAUAUUCAUCAACGGCCUCCUCUAUGUGCCUGUAGCUUUCCUCUCCCUCUGCUCCCUGCUGGGCCUCCUCUCUCUAGGGGAGGAGGUACUCAAAUCAGUCCUCCUGCUCCUCCAGCCCCUGCCCUCCUGCCUCAACCCCCUCCUUUUCCUCCUCUUCACACGAGACCACUCCCAGUUUUUCUUCUGGCCCCGCCCCAAAGUACGCCCACAGCUGCGCCGGGACCGUACCCUGGACUCGCUGGUUUCCGUGGAGACAGAGAAGAGCUCCUGCUCUGAUUCGUCAACGCAGGUGUCACUUGCUGAUGCUGAUGCCCUGUACAGUGGGGGGUCCUCCCCCCAACCCCAGCUUGAUCCCAUCAGAUUUUCCCACUGCUCCUCCACUUCCUCCUCCUCCUCUGUUCCUCUGAUCCCCUGCCAGACGCCAUCUCCCAGGGCCAGGGAUAGAGACAGAGCGACAGAGAGAGGGAGCCUGAAAGAUGAGGAGUGUCUCAAGAGUUUUGAUCAGAAUGUGAGCAGCAACACUUGCACUCUUUAUCACUCUCCCUUGCCUCCCUCUCUCCCCACUCAUCCCUGAGCCUUCAAGCUAGCUGUCUGGAUAGCUGGGACACUAUGGACAAUCAUCAUACAGUGGCAGCAACAGGCUUGGGUUGUCAGUCCCCAAGUUCCUCACAAUGGGUCCACACAGACUGUAGAGUGCUAUAAAGAAGUCUAUGAGUGCGCAACAAACUGCCCCUGAAAACAAAAACUGCAACUAAGUCUACCCUUCACAGCACUAUUAAAGACUAUUAAAAUUAAACAUUACAUCAUGGCAUUACUGUUCAGGACAAUCUCAGAUGCUAUCCAGUGGACUGGGUGAGUCAUGGACUCACGUGGAUGAGCAAAAAGCUCAAAUCAAAGCCUUAAACUACAUGAAAAAUCUACGCAUCAGACAAAUCAGUGGUUUAGACAGGGGGAGUUUAAGUAGAACCAGUAGAGUUUUAAAGUGUAAAUGUUUAUAUUGAAAUGUGAUCUUGCAAGAGACGUGCAGCUUAGAGGUUAUAGAUUGUUUGGUUACAUGUUAAGUGGAGUUAUCUUAUUUGUUUAUGAAAUAUAUGUUCUAUCUUAUUGCUAAGGUUCAUUUCAGAUAAAGGGAUUCAUCACAGACACAUACCAGGUCAUUUUACCAGAGUAAGCUAACAGUUCUCAUUCACAGUAAUUUUACUGUCAAUUAUAAAUGAUACUCUUCUAUAUUGUGCAACAGCUUUUAUGGAAAAAUGUUAUGCUUUGUGUGGCAACGAAAUGCAACAGAUCGCACAUACAAUACAGUUUACAUGGUUUUGUCUCAAGUGAUUAUGCAGUUAUCCCCGACAUGAGGCAAACAGUCAUACAGACUGAAUGGGAUGUAGCUAUGAUCUUUCUACAGACGAUUAGAGUAGGCUAGCAAUAUGUACAUACAAUGUAACUACCUCUGAACUAGCAUGGUAUUGAUUCACUAUAGCCUUAUGAUGUUUGUCUCCUUUUUUCUAUGAUAAACAGCAAAUAUAUAAUUUUAUAUAUUAAGAAAUAAAUCCUUCCUAGUUUGUACAAAAACAAACAAAAAAACAAACAAAAACAGUCUCGCUACUUUGGAUGUACAUACUUUGUAUACAACUGGUAAGCAUUUGAUUAAAUAAAAAUAAUAACUUCAUACUGUAUUCAAAA